ACCCUUUAGCGAAAGAAAAACCCAAAUGUGUUUUUUGAUUUUCCGUUGUUUUUUUUUUCAUGCAGCUGUGAUCGUGCAUGGGUAAAGGAGGAGAGAUUUACAUCAAGAUUUAGCGGCUGUUUAGCGAACGAAAAUGGCGGAAAAACGGCCGAGAACGUGGAAAAACGCUCGAGUAGCUGAUAAAUUGGGAAUACUGAGGCUGCCCAACAGAUAAAACGGUGUAAUUUUCGAUCUCUAGUUGUGCUAGAAGUGUGGCUAAAUAAUGGUCGGCUGAGGAUUAUUAGUGAGCGUAAUAAGGCGUAAUGGUCAAGGCAACUGCAGCAGAUGAAUUUGUAUGCAGACGAUAAAUCCGUCAUGUUGUUUAGGUCACGGCUUUGUGAUAGAUUACUUUCGGUUUGUGUAAAUUUCACGGAAACUUAUUUGUGGUUUGUUUUCCCUUUGCGGACGGCUGUGGAUCGAAGCGGUGACCUGGCAGGCGCAAAUUGGCGUGAAAUUUACGUGGUUUUGGAAAUAGGUGUUUGGAUUUUUUUGCGGCGUGCUGUGGAUCGAACCGGUGACCUCGAGCUGUGAAAUUUGUGUUGUUUUUACGUGGAUUGGGCUGAAUUUUGGGGAAAGGGAUGGAGAAGAUUUGCUGGAAUGCAAAGUGCCGCGGGGCGGCGUUGGUUGGGUGGAGAACGGGGUGGCCUUUACGUUCUGGUGGCUUUGCCGAUCUCUGCAACUCGUGCGGGUUAGCAUACGAUCAAAUGAAGUUCUGUGAGAUAUUUCACACAGAUGAAGAUGGUUGGAAGAACUGCAACACUUGUAAAAAGCGUCUCCAUUGUGGAUGUAUUGCUUCCAUCCAUUCUUUUACACUGCUUGAUGCUGGAGGCAUAGAAUGCAUGGGUUGUGCCAAAGGGAGUGGGAUAAAUCCUGUAUCAAUUCAUAUUCAGCAGCUUGCUCCAUACCUUAUUUCAUCUCAGAGACAGCUAGAUGCGCCUCUGAGGACUUUGAAUGACAAAAUGGGAGCAAGAAUUUCUCAGAACACCAGUACUGCAAGAUGGCAUCAUAUUCCUACAUCGCAGCUGCCUUUAACCGGGCAGGCUGAUUUAUCUUUGCUCAGAGAAAUGCAUGAAAUGGACAAGUCAAAUGACAUUGAUAUAGCAGAGAACAACAUGGGGGAAAAUUUUUCUGCUUCCAGAUUGAAUAAAAAAGAUGAUGGUAUUCCUGAAAGCAAAGGAGCUGACCAUUUAAAACUCAAUGUUGUUGAAUACUCUGGCGAAAGCAGAGGUUUUCCUGAAGCGGGGGAAAGUGGGAAUGAACCUGGAUACAGUAGAAAGGAAACAGCGCAAAGGAUGUUUUCCAUGGAGGAAGGCCAGAAAAAUGUUACAACCGAUUCAUGUUUACAGCCUGCAGUGAUGGGCUCUUUAGAAAAUCAUAAAUGUGAAGAGAUAAAUUCAGAGCAAGAUGACUAUAAGGUUUUGACGUUAGAUAAUAAGGUCUUGGAGUUCCCAGCAAUGACAUGCUUAAAUAUCUCAAUAGGAUCUUUAGCUUCCAAGGAUGCGGUUCAAACCUGCAAUGAUAAAUCUUCUGUUCUAGGGUUGGGAAUCUUGUCAGGUUCUUCUGAACAGGGCAUUAUUACUGCUGCUAAUUCCCAUCAUCAACAACAAUUUCAAGUCUUAUCCAGAUCAUGUAAUCCAAGCCCAAGUACUUGCUCUGAUUCAUCAAAGGAUAUAAAUACACAAAUACGUUUUGCAAGGCCCCCAAGUGAGGGAAGGGGUAGAAAUCAAUUACUUCCACGAUAUUGGCCAAGGAGUACUGACCAGGAACUUCAGUUGAUAACUGGAGAUUCAAACUCCAGAAUAACUCCUCUGUUUGAGAAAACAUUAAGUGCAAGUGAUGCAGGGAGGAUAGGGAGAUUAGUUCUUCCUAAAGCAUGUGCUGAGGCAUAUUUCCCUCCAAUAUCACAGCCAGAGGGGGUACCAUUGGCAGUUCAAGAUGCAAAAGGAAAGGAUUGGGUGUUCCAGUUCCGAUAUUGGCCUAACAACAAUAGCAGGAUGUAUGUUUUAGAAGGAGUUACACAAUGCAUUCAGGCCAUGCAACUCCAAGCAGGAGAUACAGUAACAUUUAGCCGGAUGGAUCUAGAAGGAAAGCUUGUCAUGGGUUACCGAAAGGCUUCUAAUUCUACUUUAACCCAGGAAGGUCAACCAUCGACAUCAGGAAUUGGGCCCUUUUUCAGCAGUGCCCUUAACUCUGGAAGCACAGAAAUUUUUUCAGGCUAUACGCUUCCUUCUGUAAAUGUAAAAGAAGAAUCAUGUGUAGAGCCUCUAACAGGUCAAGUCAAUACUUCAGCUACAAGCUUUAGUUGGUAUAAAAAUGAGAAAGCUGGAGGCAAAUCCAAAGAUAGUUCAAGUCAAUCCUUGUUGACACCAGAAAAGAAAAAAAGUCGGAAUCUUUGUGCCAAGAGCAAGAGACUUUGCAUUGAUAAUGGUGAUGCGUUUGAAUUGAAGUUGGCAUGGGAAGAAGCUCAGGAUUUGCUUCAUCCUCCUCCAAAGGCUGUACCCAGCAUUGUCAUGAUUGAAGGUCACGAGUUUGAAGAAUAUGAGGAGCCUCCAGUGUUGUGCAAAAGGACAUUUUUCAUGGUCAGUCAAUCAGGAGAACAGGAUCAAUGGGCUCAGUGUGAUGCAUGUGGCAGCUGGCGCAGACUUCCUUUAGAUGUCAAUUUACCAAGACGUUGGACAUGUUCUGACAAUUCAUGGGACCCUAAGAGAGCUUCUUGUUCAGCACCUCAAGAAAUAAGCUCUGGAGAUUUUGAAGAUCUUCUCCGCAGCAAUAUAGCCUCCAAAAAACAAAAAUGUGCAGAUGGGUUAAAGGGAAAAAGUACUUCUUCUGGGCUCCACACACUAGCCAAUGCUGUUGUUCUUGAUGAAAAUGGAAAUGAACCUCCUGUAAUUGCUCAGACUACCAAACACCCUCGACACCGACCGGGUUGUACAUGUAUUGUUUGUAUUCAGCCUCCCAGUGGGAAAGGGCCUAAACACAAGCCCACCUGUACGUGCAAUGUUUGUAUGACUGUUAAGCGUCGCUUUAAGACACUAAUGAUGCGCCGUAAGAAGAGACAAUCUGAGCGAGAAGCAGAGAAUGCUAGGAAAAGGCAAGUCCCAAUGAAGGAAGAGGUAGAUGUGGACCCUGCAUCAAAAGGGCAAUCAAUGAACCAGCUGUUGGAGAAUGGUUCCAGACAAGGAGAUCGAAACACCAUUGUUGAUAAAUUUCCAGUUAGUGGAGUGACACUGCCCAUUGUUGAUAAAUUUCCAGUUAAUGGAGUUACUCUGCCAAUUGUUGAUAAAUUUCCAGUUAAUGGAGUUACUCUGCCUACAUGUAUGAAUUUACAAAGUUCUUAUAAAGGCAAUAGAACUAACGAGGAAGAAUUUGUUGUCAGCAAAAGCCAAAUUGAUCUAAAUUGUCAUCCAGCACGUGAGGAUGAAUUAUCAGGUGGAGUUGGUCAGGUUAGCAUGUUGAGGCUUCUCCAGGAUGCAAAUUUACCUCUUGAUAUAUAUCUAAAGCAGCAAGGUUUCCAAGGCUUGAUAUGUCAACCAGGAAGCAUGCCAGUGAUGGGAUUCCAAAGUCAUCCAAAUGAACAAAGAUUGGAUGAGCAGAGCUACAACAUACCUGCUGUACAAAAUGCAGAACAUGUUAAUGAAGGACAUCUGUUUCUUCCUGUUAACGAAGGACAUGUUUUGGCAAACUGCAAAGCUUUGGAAUUCAUGAAUGAGAAGUAAACAAAAAGUUUUGGUGGCUGUCAGCUAUAGAUGGCUUUUAAAAGCUAUAUUGUAAUUUGUAAACAUGAUCAUUGAUAAUUUGAUAGUAAUUGGAAGUUUGCGUAAUAAAAUAAUUUAUUUUUGUUUGGCAUUCAA